UGUCAUUUGAGCAGCUCUGUGCUCUGGAUGACUGGACGGACACCGGAUAACUAGCAUUAGCUGAAUCCCUGCUCUUGUAAUCGGACUUUAAAUUAUAUUUAAAUCAACCACGAAGCUGACAGUGGACACAGUCUCAGUCUGAGGAUGUUCGGGGUUUACAGAAGUUCAAACUUUUGUAAUUUAACCAUGGAAACUAAAAAGAAGUGGACAGCGGCGACGACAACAAAGUCAGUUGACAAACGGCUGUGAAGAUAACGGACCAAUGGACAAUGUGAGAGCUGGACCAAACUGGGACUGAAUCUGCUGCCUGGGUCUCCUCCAGCUUCAACUCACCCUCCUCUCCGCGCCAAAUGCCUCCGCGGGGCGAUGGGAGCUACAAGCCGGAAUCUGUGUCCCCUACUCCGCCUGUCCCACCGAGGAGGGUCCGGAGCCGGGACAGGGGCUCCGGCAGGACGCGGCGGUCCGGGGCAGGGGCAGCGGAGAGGCGGGUGAAGUGUGUGCUGGUGGGGGACGGAGCUGUGGGGAAAACCAGCCUGGUGGUCAGCUACACCACAAACGGCUAUCCCACCGAGUACGUCCCGACCGCGUUUGACAACUUCUCAGCGGUGGUGUCAGUGGAUGGGCAGCCAGUCAAACUACAACUCUGUGACACAGCUGGACAGGACGAGUUUGACAAGCUGCGUCCUCUGUGUUACACCAGUGCAGAUGUGUUCCUGCUGUGCUUUAGUGUCGUCAGUCCCGCCUCUUUCCAGAACGUUCCUGAGAAGUGGGUCCCAGAGAUCCGGAGACACGCCCCAUUCGCUCCGCUUGUACUCGUUGGGACGCAGUGUGACCUUCGAGAAGAUGUCAAGGUUCUCAUUGACCUGGCUAAGUAUCGGGAGCGGCCGGUCGACCCGGUGGACGCUCGGGACUGUGCGGUGGAGAUUGGAGCUGUGGCCUACAUGGAGUGCUCCUCUCUGACCCAAAAAAAUCUCAAGGAAGUGUUUGACACAGCCAUAUUGGCCAGCCUGCAGAACUACAGCUCCCAAAAGCACCCGAGAGGGAAACAAAAACGACGGAAAAAGCAAAGGCAGACACCGGACAAGAUGAAGAGUCUGUCAAAGUCCUGGUGGAAAAGAUAUUGCUGCGUGGCCUAGAGCAGGCCUGUGAUUGGGUCUUGCUAUUGUUGCGGUCUAAGAUUCUGAUCCUCUGUUGACUUUAUCCUGGUCUGGAUUCAGCUGGGUUUGGGUUCUGCCUGGACUCGCUUUCAGUUUGGGUGUCUCUCUAAUGGAGCCUGAUGUUGAGCAGGACCUCGACUGGAGUGUGGCUGAGAACCAAAGUAAGACUGUCAUGGAUCUAAAAAUGUUUUUGUUUUUGUUUGGAGAGGGGUUUUAGUCUUAUCACAGAUGAGAUUUACUACUGAGCCCAGCCUGGUUCCAGCAGAACCUGCUCUGAAAACCAAGCAGUUCUGCUGUGUCUUAUAAAGAACCAGGUGUUUUUGUGCUUAAAUGUCCUUUUUCUAACCUGAUUUUAAUCUUAGCCUGCCUCCAGUAUGAGCUCUCGACAGGAUAAGGUGCUUCUUGCUCUUCUGGUAUUAAACUGGUAAAAACCUUCCCAGCCUAGUAUGGAUUUAUGUAGCCUUGUUAUGUAGCCUGGAAGGGACCUGGACUGCCUGCAGACUAUAAAUGGUGUAUAAAUGAAACUGCAUUUAAACUUAGUCAUUUUUCUAACUUGUCUCUAACUUUAGUCUGGUUUCCAAUACUCAUGGUUAAAAAUAACUGCUGACUGAAAUAGAGCGGCUCUCCGACCAAACCUCGUCCUUAUUUACAUAAGAACACGGGACCAGAGCUGAUCAUUUCAUCACUGGACAUGAUUUAAGUCAGAACGUAGUCAAAAAGUCCAGCCCAUGGUCAAUUUUAGAGCUUCUUUUUUUUAUAACUGGGGUUAUUGUUGUUCUAAUGAAAGAGCUUCCUUCAUUAAGCAGCAAAUAAUUUUAUCCUGGUCACAUGCACAGUUUACUGUGGUGCAGCCUACAAACCUAAUCUGGAACCUGCAUCAUGGUUUGUAUUUCAUUUUUAGUCUGGAUCUGUACUAUUUAUGGAGUUAGGUCUGGCUUGGUUAUCAGUGGGUUUAUUUUUCAUUGUCCUGCCACUGUGAAGCCAGACAGUGAAUACGUUUGGUCAUGCUCAGAGUUUGGUCAGAUUCAUAUCACAUCUUAUUUGGAAAAGAUUUCCAAAGAUAACUGGGCAAUGUAACCUACAACAUAUCUUAGUACUAGCUAAGGAUGCUGAACAUGCCAAGACUUUCUGAAUAUCCAUGUGAUUAAAACACAAGCAUUGUUCUGUAAAAGCAAGUUGGACUUUUACCCAAGAAGACACAACAUUGUAUCUAGGAGUCAGUGACCUGCUUCAGGUUUCCACCAGUAGCUGUUAAGUAGUAGCUAGUUUAUCGUCCUCGUCUAUCCUACAUUAGUACUGAAGGACUGUACAGUCUGUGAAAAUGGACUGGUACCAAUGUGGCUUGGUUACAUAGGAAUCUUUGAACCACGAAGGUUGCCUUUGUCUGGCUAGCACUUGAUCUUAAUGAGACAUGUUGCUGUUUUAGCGUUUUGCUCAUGCCAAAGUUGUGGCUUGUGGAACCAUGUGAUCACAUGGUUCCACAAGCCACAACUUUGCUCAGUGCAGUAGCCAGGUUACUUAUCUGCAGCACCCUUUUCAGAUGCAAAGAAGACCGUCUAAAACUGAGAAUAUCAAGAUUUGAGUUUGAAUCAUUCAUCCUGUCAACCAGUAAUUUACUCAGAUAAUUGUACUGCUUGGUGCAUGUUUGAUUUAUGUUUCCAGCUACUAAAACAGCCUCAAGUGUGAGCACUUAAGAGUUGGAACAACCAAGUGCUCUCUGCAUGUGUUUGAAUUUACAAAAUGGGCUCAGCCUUUUGUUUCUGAAGAAAAACUAAAAUAAACAAAGUCGGGUUUUUUCUUAGCUUUCCAGCGCAAUUGUGUAUGUAAGACUGUGAAGUUUGAAUUAUUUACGUAUUCAGCGAAAUCUUUUGUUAGUAGUUAAAAACUAUAGUUUGAUUCAUAAUGUUUGUUGCUCUGUAUUUGCUCCCUUUAUCCAGAACUAGAUCUUCCACUUUAUUACAGUGGCCACCAUGGAUUAUUUCUACCAUUCUGAGUCCAUGCUGCGUUCAUACUACAGAGACAUCCAUUGUCCAUCCUAUGUCUACUGUACACUCUGUUAGUUCUGCAGCUGCCUCUGCAGCCUCUUCUCUCUCCAAUAGAUCAAGUUUUAUAUGUUGUAAAGCAGAAAUAAAAAGGCAAACUGAAACACAA